AUGGAUCUUCAGACAAACCUUGAUGAAGAUCUUGCCUCCCACCAAGUCUACCUGUCUGAUAAUUGCAUCAAACCCUGCAUGAGAAAUAAUGAAACCGCCUUCGGCACUGUUUCAUCGGCGAAGGGUGAUUUUCUGCAAGAUUUUAACCACCUCGAUCAGUUUUGUGUUGGCGGCUCUUCCUUGAAUCAUGCACUCAAUAGACAAACCGCAUCUUUCGACCCUUUCGAUGUUUACCCGUACAAAGUUUUUACAGAUCUCGAUGUGUACGAGAGCAAGCCCUUUGCCGAGAACAACGGGCACGGCCUCGUCAUGGACAAUUUUCAAGUAGGAGGGAGCUCGAUGGCUGCGACAAUGGCCGAUAUGAUGAAUGAAUCAGGUCGAAGCCAUUUGUUGGUAGACUAUCAUCAAGAUAUCAGUUUCAUGGUCCCAGACGAGGUCUCUUGCAUUAGCGCUGGAAACGAGUAUUACAGGAAAAGUCUCGUGAAUAAGAGCAAGGCGUCCUCGUCGUCCUCGUCACGACGAACUUACAGAGCUCGUAAAAGACCCCAUGUGAUCAAGGGACAGUGGACAACUGAAGAGGACAGGCUUCUGAUUCAACUGGUGGAACAAUUCGGAUUGAGAAAAUGGUCUCAUAUUGCUCAGAUGUUGCCUGGUAGGAUAGGGAAGCAGUGCAGAGAGAGAUGGCAUAACCAUCUAAGACCCGAUAUUAAGAAGGACACAUGGAGUGAGGACGAAGACAAGAUAUUGAUUAGAGCACACUCGGAAAUCGGCAACAAGUGGGCUGAGAUUGCAAAGAGACUCCCCGGCCGGACCGAAAACUCCAUCAAGAACCACUGGAAUGCCACGAAGAGGAGACAACACUCCAAGAGGAAGUGCAGGUCCAAGUACCCAAGAGCGUCCCUCUUGCAAGACUACAUCAAGAGCUUGAACUUGAGCGCAUCUGCGAGAAACCCUAGAAGGCCUUCUGUCGGUGGGGGCGACCAUGCCGUGGAGGCAAAUGACGACCAUGCGUGCUCGAGCAAGCCAGCAUCAGAUAACCCAAGGCUGGAGGAGCUGAUGAACUUCAGUUCGGGCGACGGGGUGGUGCCGAGCUUCGAGUUCAGCGAGGUCCCGGAGCUGUCGUUCGACGACAAGUUGUUUCAAGAGGGAUGCACCAUUGAUUCUCUCCUUGGGGACUUGCCCUGUCCACCUGAUGCUGCUCAUGUUAGUGAUGAAGUGUAUGACAUGGAAAUGCUGGAUGUGGAUUCAUUGAUGGAGCAUGAUGAAGAGCCAAAGCAGGACUUAGACCUUAUGGAAAUGAUCUCUCAAGUCAAUAGUCUAUAA